UUUGAAAUCCCCGCCAGAGCCGGGAUGCCAUCGCCAACGAGCGCAAGCGACUGGCCUCUCUUGCGGCGCUCUCCAUCAAGCCGCUCGAAGGACUUACUCUGCAUACGAGUCAAGAACCAUGAAAGGCAAAGCUGUCCUGAUUGUUGGCGGAACCCAGGGAAUGGGUGCGGCCUCGGCCCUCCGAUUUGCGGCGAUGGGCUCGUCGGUGACGAUUGUGGGCCGCAACUCGCUGCUCGGCGAGGGGGUGGUCUCCCGCAUGCGAGCGGCAGCGCCGUCGACCGAUAGCCGCUUUCGAUUCCGGCAGCUGGAUGUCACCAGCAUGAAAGGCUGUCGCGAGUUUUGUCAUUCGUUCGUCUCCGACCUCCGAAGCGAACAGGCCCAGCUGGGUGCCGUGGUCCUCUGUGCCGGCAAUCUGAACUAUGGGCCCCGUCGUCUGACAUCUGAAGGACUCGAGUCUGGAUUUGCGCUCAACUUCCUGUCGCGCUUUCUGAUGAUCCGAGAGCUACUUCCUUUCAUCCUGGAACACCGGCACGAUACCCGCAUCGUGAAUGUUUUGGGGGCCGGCAAUGGCGGAUCGAUCGACUACGAGGAUCUGCAGCUGGAACAUGGCUUCAGCUUCAUCCGCGCGGCUGUCGUGCAUGCGACCCUGACAGAUCUUACGACCCUGGAGCUUGGUCAGCGAUACAAGGAUCACCCAUCCAAGCCUUGCUUCUACCACAUGUUUCCGGGAGUAGUCGCGACGAAUGCCUUGGCGAAUGGAGGAUUCCCCUGCCUCAUCGCCAAGCCCGCUAGUUGGGUUGCGCCGCUUCUAUUCCCAAGCGCCGAGAAGGUAUCGAAGACAAUUGUGUCGAUUGCAAGCGAUCCGGAAUACGGACACCAUCGGUCUCCCGGGCUGCUUGGUCCGUCAGGCAGCGAGAUCCGAGUGCCUGGCUACUUGAAGGAUAGCAAAGACAAACAGCUCCAAAUAUGGCGCGUGGCCAACGAAAUCCUGGACAGGAUCUGAGCAGCAGCAUCGGCAGCAGCAUCGGCAGCAGCAUGGAGUGCGUGGGCAAUGGAGCCGUCAUCCCAGCAGAUAUGGAUGGCAACAUGGAUGGCAGCAUGGAUGGCAGCAUGGAUGGCAACGUGGAUGGUACGGAGCAAAAUCGCUUGUCAACCGAGACCGAGGACGGCUGUGUUCUGGUCGCCUGUGUCCUGGUCACCGGCUCUGAAUAUACACGGCGGUAGCACUGCGA